GGAUAAAUUGCAGACUUGUAACGUUGCUAAAACUAGUGUAUGGGGAUCGCUGGUCGGCACGGACUCGAUGGGCAGAAGGGCCAGUGUCUCUAAACUAAACUAAUGUCUCCACAGCUCAGAGUCGGUGGCUGAGAAGAUGUUGACCAACUGGUUCACCUUCCUGUUACACCGAUUCCUCAAGGAGUGUGUAGGGGAGCCCCUCUUCAUGUUAUUCUGGGCGGUGAAGCAACAGAUGGAGAAGGGACCGAUAGAUGCUGUCACUGGGGAAGCUCGAUACUCACUGAGUGAAGACAAACUCAUCCGGCAACAACUCGAUUACUGCACGCUGACGCUGUCGUGUGAGGGUGGGGUGAGUGUGUCCAGCAGCCCCACCCUGGUGCGAGUUCUGGACUGUGACUCGGUCACUCAGGCCAAAGAGAAGAUUCUGGACGCCCUGUACAAAGGGGUUCCAUUCUCGCAGCGACCUCGAGCUCCCGACACCGACCUGGAGUGGCGAGAGGGGGGGUUGUGUUUGGGGGUUCAUUCUCCAGGACGAGGAUUCGUCGACAAGAAUCGAGAACGACUGGAAACGGCUCAACACCCUCGCCCACUAUCAGGGGACCCCUGGACCCUUCACCCCGACCUGACCCCUGACCCUUCACCCCGACCUCCUCCUCCCCUCCCCUGUUUGAAGAGCCUGCUGCGUGCGGCCAGUAGCCCGGACAGCCAGCGGUCAAGGGCGGCCAUGUUGGGCCCAGACCAGGACUCGGGCUCCAGGUUGUGGCACCUGGUCCACAGCGCGGAACCUGGGGAGCAGCGAGAGGGCGAGAGGGGGGGCAAGAUGGUGUCCGAAAUCUACCUGACCCGCCUGCUGGCCACCAAGGGUACGCUGCAGAAGUUUGUGGACGAUCUGUUUGAGACGGUUUUCAGCACCAACCACCGCGGGUCAGCGCUGCCGCUGCCCAUCAAAUACAUGUUCGACUUCCUGGACGAACAGGCGGAGAAACAUCACAUCACCGACCCCGACACCCUGCACACCUGGAAAAGCAACUGUCUCCCGCUGCGUUUCUGGGUGAACGUGAUCAAGAACCCCCAGUUUGUGUUCGACAUCCACAAGAGCAGCAUCACAGACGCCUGUCUGUCUGUCGUGGCCCAGACCUUCAUGGAUUCCUGCUCUACGUCUGACCACCGUCUGGGCAAAGACUCUCCGUCCAACAAGCUGCUGUACGCCAAGGACAUCCCCAACUACAGGGGCUGGGUGGACAGGUAUUACCGGGAUGUGAGCAGACUCCCCGCAAUCAGCGAACAGGAUAUGGAGGCGUUUUUGUCCGAACAAUCUCGUCUUCACGGUGGGGAAUUCCAUCGAUCCAGCGCCCUCCACCAACUGUACCCCUACAUCACACGCUUCUAUGACCAGAUCCAGACGGCGUUGGAUAGAGACGUCUCGUGCCGGAAACUCUGUCUGGGUCCCCGUCUGGAGCAGGUGGUGGCGCUGAUGUCUGGGACCAGCUGAGAUUCCCCCCCCCCCUCCCCCCCCCCCUCCAUACACCAGAAGACUGUGGACCCUCCACAUCUGUUCCAGAGGAGACAGUGGACGUCACAUCUGCCCCAGAUUCACCCAGUGGUGGGUCAACACCUACAGGACCCCCCCCUCCACAUCUGGCCCAGAGACACUGGCCUCCACAUCAGCACCAGGACUGCACAUCUGUCCCAGAGACACUGGCCUCCACAUCAGCACCAGGACUGCACAUCUGUCCCGGAGGAGAGGGGGACCCUCCACAUCUGGCGGCAUUGCCCUGGAGCUGCGGGAACAAACUCCACAUCUGCCACAGAGAUGGAGCUCUGCACAUUUGCCUUCAUCGCCUCGAGAGAGAGGGGGAGGAGAGGGAGGGAGAGAGGGAGGGAUUGAGAGAGAGGGAGAUGGGGGGAGAGAUGGAGGGAGAGAGAAAGGGAGAUGGAGGGAGAGAGAGGGAGGGGUUGAGAGGGA